GCCCGCGUCGUCCUACUGAUAGACACCUCAUCCCCACACUGCACCCCAACAUGGCUUCUCAACCCACUGCGAUUCUCUCCGUCUACAACAAGACCGGCCUCCUGGAGCUGGCAAAGGCCCUCCAUGCCAAGGGCGUCAAGCUUCUUGGCUCGGGAGGAACAGCCAAGAUGGUCCGUGAAGCUGGAAUCGACAUUGGAGAUGUAUCUGAUAUCACCAAGGCCCCCGAGAUGCUCGGUGGUCGCGUCAAGACCCUCCACCCCGCCGUGCAUGGAGGCAUCCUGGCUCAGACUUCAAAGGACUCGGACGUGCAGGAUCUCCAAAAGCAAGGCUACAGCCCCAUUGACAUCGUCGUGUGCAACCUCUACCCCUUUGAGGAGACCAUCGCCAGAGAUCCCACCCCUACGCUGGCUCAGGCCGUCGAGGAGGUAGACAUCGGAGGUGUCACCCUGCUGCGAGCAGCCGCCAAGAACCACGAGCGAGUCUGGGUCCUUUCCGACCCCAAGGACUACUCCACCUUCCUCGAGUCUUGGUCUGCCGGCGGAUCCGCCGCUGAGACUCAAAGGAACGUCCUCGCCCUCAAGGCCUUCGCCCACACUGCCAACUACGACAAUGCCAUCUCCGACUACUUCCGCAAGCAGUACGCUUCGCCUGCUGCCGCCGUCACCCAGCAGCUACCCCUGCGAUACGGAGCCAACCCCCACCAGAAGCCGGCUCAGGCUUUCGUCACCCACGGUGAGAUGCCCGUCAAGGCUCUUUCCGGAUCGCCAGGCUACAUCAACUUGCUGGACUCGCUCAAUGCCUGGGCGCUGGUAAAGGAGCUGCAUGAGGCCACUGGCCUGCCUGCUGCUGCCUCGUUCAAGCACGUCUCGCCCGCCGGAGCCGCUGUGGCUACUCCUUUGACCAAGGAAGAAGCUCGUGCUUGCUUCGUCGAUGACCUGGGCUCGCUCACUCCCCUCGCAACCGCCUAUGCUCGUGCUCGUGGUGCUGACAGGAUGUCAUCCUUUGGAGACAUCAUCGGUCUCUCCACCAUUGUGGACGAGCAGACCGCCCGAAUCAUCUCGCGUGAGGUCUCAGACGGUGUCAUUGCCCCCGGCUACGAGCCAGCAGCUCUGGAAGUCCUCUCCAAGAAGAAGGGCGGAAAGUACUGUGUUCUGCAAAUCGAUGCCAACUACGAGCCUGACCUGCUGGAAACCCGUCAGGUGUACGGAAUCUCAAUGCAGCAGAGGAGGAACGACGUCAAGAUCCACAAGGGUCUCUUCACCAAUGUCGUCUCUGCCAAGAAGGACAUUCCCGACUCGGCUCUGCUGGAUCUGACCGUGGCCACUCUGGCCCUCAAGUACACUCAGUCCAAUUCGGUCUGCUACGCCCUGCACGGCCAGGUCAUCGGCCUCGGCGCUGGUCAGCAAUCGCGCAUCCACUGCACUCGUCUGGCAGGAAGCAAAGCCGACAAUUGGUGGAUGAGGCAGCACCCACGUGUGCUUGGUCUUCCUUUCAAGAAGGGUACCAAGCGCCCUGAGAAGUCAAAUGCCAUUGACGUCUUCGUAGAGGGAAUCAUCGAUGCUCCCUCCAUGAGCGGUACGACGGAGCGCUCUCAAUGGGAGUCUCUCUUCGACGAGAUCCCUGCUCCUCUCACGGGCGAAGAAAAGGCACAGUGGGCUCUACAACUCAAGGAGGUGGUGUGUGGCUCAGACGCCUUCUUCCCCUUUGACGACAAUGUUCACCGAUGCGCCCGGUCUGGAGUGAGGUACAUUGCUGCACCUGGAGGAUCGGUCAUGGAUGAGGCUUGCAUCAAGGCGGCUGAUGAGCAUGAGAUCAGGGUCGCCAGGACGGAGCUGAGGCUGUUCCACCACUAGGCGGAGAGGGAUGAGGAGGCAAGGGAUGAAGAUUCAGUAGAGUGUGGUUAGCAAGUUCUGUGUUUCUUUUGGCCCCAAACAUCAAGGACAUCACAGUCGUGCGAGGUCAUGUGAUGUGAUGUGGGAUUAGAUAUAGAUUAUCGCUUCUGCAUUGGUGAUGCCGAGAAUCAGCC